CUUGAUCGAUGCGGUCGUGAGUGAAGCCUCGCAUCCGCUCCUCAUUUCAUCAUUUCAUCUCAAUUCAUGCUCCUGGGUCGUCUCUCUUUGCCUAAUGAUGGCGUCCCAAGAUGACCUGGGGAUGCUUUGGUAUGGAGUGACGGGAGUAUCUUUCAACCCAGCUGAUCCUGCAGAGGUUAUGCUGAAUACAGGGACAGCGGCACCACUCCUCUCUGACCAUCCCCGGCCGCUAGUUCCCACUCCAGUGUCCUACAGUGAGCCCACCACCACACAACAUACACAGAUGCUGUAUGAUCCAAAUACAGGUGACUACAGCACUCAGUCAGAAUACAUGUAUGAGACUUAUGAUGGUUAUGAUGAAGACUCCUCUGGGAACAGUGUCAUGCAGCAGCAGGGAACACCACCCAUCACAGAGCCUGGCAUGGUAGGACAAGGGGAUGAAUCGCCACCUCCCAUCCCCAAAUCCAAAAAGCCAAAAGUCCACCAUCAUCCAGCCUUAAAACUGAAGACACCCAUUGCAUAUCAAAAAGACACAGACCUUAAUGCCAUCCCAAUCAUGAGGGAAGGAAUGGCUGUUUGUGAAAAGUGUGGUGCCAUUGGAGUCAAGCAUGCAUUCUAUGGCAAGGAGCGGAAAUUCUGCAGCCUGGCAUGUGUCAGGGGUCCACUGGCUCCCUCCCAACAAGUGCCAGAGAAAGAAUUGGAGAAGGAGCCUAUUAAUGAGCCCGAGAAAAAAGUGAUUCCAGUGCAGAAGGUGAUAGGCCAGCCAGCUGUUCCUGUGGAAACACCUCCAUCCCCCAAGCCAGUCGUUCCAACCCCCCCUAAGCCGAGCCAGGUGGUGCAGCCCCAGUUGGUUGUUCCACCACCUGAACAGGUUUCAUCUCAGUCAUACCUACCUCCACCAGAGUCUACAAUAGACCUAGAUGGAAGCUUUUUGUGGGCUUCGUCGUAUCUGGAUGACCAAGACUUCCGUGCAGUUCCUGUUAGCUGUUUUAAACAUGCACCAAUGGCAGAAUGUUGGGAGCAGAUGGGAGCCGGGAUGAAGGUGGAAGUAUCCUGCAAAGAGGAAGCCGUAACAAAGGAUGCAUUCUGGGUGGCCACCGUUAUUGCUGUUGCAGGCUACAAAGCAAAACUUCGGUUUGAGGGCUUUGUGGAUGACAGCUCAAAGGACUUCUGGGUGGACCUUUGUUCAGAAGAGGUACAUCCUGUGGGUUGGUGUGCCACCCAAGGUCGCCCACUCAUACCUCCCCGCUCCAUCCAACAUAAGUACCGUGACUGGAAAGAAUUUCUAAUGAGGCGGUUAACUGGGGCACGAACUCUCCCAACUAACUUCAUCUCUCGCGUUGUUGAGAGCCAGAAGUCAAGAUUUAGGCCUGGACUUAAUGUGGAGGUUGUAGACAAGAACAGAAUAGCACAGAUGAGAGUAGCAACGGUGACAGAGGUUGUUGGAAAGAGACUCCACCUGAAAUACCAUGGGGCACCACCAGACGACAAUGGGUUUUGGUGCCAUGAGGAUGCCCCAAUAAUCCAUCCUGUGGGCUGGUCAAGAGAAGUAGGGCAUGAAAUUGUUGCAAGUCAGUCAUAUCAUGAGAAGUGCAUAGGCGGGACAUAUGAUCCUAACGAUGCCCCUCCAGAACUCUUUGUGGCCACCCCUGUGCCAGCUUUUCUUCGCAACUCUAAAAUGGACUUUGCUGAGGGGAUGAAGCUGGAGGCAAUUGACCCUCUGAACCUGUCAGCCAUUUGUGUUGCAACAGUCAUGAAGGUCUUGCACAACAACUACCUCAUGAUUCGAAUAGACAGCUAUGAGUCAGACAACACCUGCUCUGACUGGUUCUGUUACCACGCCACUUCCCCCUGUGUUUUCCCUGCUGGGUUUUGCGAGAUGAACAACAUCACCCUAACGCCCCCAAGAGGGUAUGAGGGGCAGUUCUCGUGGUAUGCUUACCUCAAGAAAACUCAGGCCACUGCUGCACCUCCAGCUCUCUUCAGCAGGGAAAUACCAAGUCACGGGUUCGAAGAGGGUAUGGCCCUGGAGUCGGCAGAUCUGAUGGACCCACGGCUAGUGUGUGUAGCAAUGGUGAAGCAAGUCAAAGGGAGGUUGCUCAAAGUCCACUUUGACGGCUGGGAGAACGACUUUGACCAGUGGAUUGAUUGCUACUCACCCGAUAUCUAUCCCGUAGGCUGGUGUGAUAUGUCCGGCUAUAGACUAGAGGGCCCCAAGACUGAUGUUCCAACACCUAAUGCACCUAAGCGCAAGCUAAAAGGGAGCGCUAAGCAAGCCAAGACUGGGCGGAGAGGUCGGCCCAUUGGUAGCAAGAAGGUAGGGAAAGUGGCCGUAGGAGGGAUGAUGAAUAUCCCACCAGCUCCAGCCAUGGGGACACAGAGACGUCGAGGCCGCCCACCUAAGGAGAAAAGCCUAAUUGGCCAACCUGACUCACCACUCCAUGUUGGCAAGGGAGAAAAUGAGCAUCCUGAUCUGCAAACUAUGGAGAUGGAGCAUUCAUCCACAGGCCUAAGGAGCCGCCGCAGUCAGGGCAGACGGGAUGCCAGAAGAUCCCCCCGUGGCCCUUCCAACACCAGCCCUGGCACUAAGACCCUGCCCAUGAGAGCUACACGUGCUCGGACUCUCCCCACUUCUUAUAACCAGUCAGAUGAAGAGGAUGCAUCUGAUGAAACAUCCUCAGGGGUGGCCUCACUAGAUGGGAAUGAAAGUUCUCGAGAAGCAUGGGACAUGGAGGAAGAAUCCUGCAACUCACCCUCAGGCAGCCCAUCCCCCAUACCUUCAGCUGAGCUUUCCAGUCAGAACACAUCCCAUCAGACAGGCUUUACAACCACUGCAACAGAAUGCAGAGAUCAAGAAUCCAAGAACAAGGUGAUUCACCAAGAACAGGAUCCAGUGCCUGAAAAGAUUACCCAGUAUCAUCCUCAACCAGCAGUUGUCAGUCAAGAGCAAAGGUCCAUGCUUCAUACCCAACAACAAGAAAGUCACAACACCGUGCGUAAUGUUCCUCUCGCUGCCAAUGUUUUACAGGCCAACAAAGUGAUGAAAACACAGACAUCAGCUGUCAAGACCACGAUUGUCACAACCAAUACAUCAAGCCCAGUAAACGUCCCACAGUCCACCCUACCCCCAGCGCUAAAGAAUGGCAUUUCUCAGCAGAGCAAGGUCACAUCACAGUCUCCCACUGUCUCAUCUACAGUGAGCAACCAGUGUAAUAAUUCAUCUCAUGAGACAGUACUUCCUGUAGCAGAGAAAGAGUCUCCCCAGUCAGUUAUUCCAAGGAUGAUUGAUGGGCCAAUUAAAGAUGGAUCAAAAGUCAAGCCUAAACUCUGGACACCUCAGGAUGUAGCACUUUUCUUGAAGAAGAAUGACUGUGGAGCUUAUUGUGACAACUUCAUAUCUCAGAACAUUCACGGGACGAAGCUGCUGAGCCUGACGCAGAAUGAGGUGCUGGGCCUGACGGGGAUGAAGGUGGGGCCAUCGGUGAAAAUCCACGAUCUAGUGCAGCAGCUCUUGGCCCUGGUAAACCCAGCCCAGGCACGCUACCAAGCCACACUCAUGAAAAGGGGCCUGUCCUUCACCUGAGGGGAUGUAGGGGAGAGGGAGCCAUGUCCCCCAGACAUGUUUCCUCUUUUGACAUUUUGGAGUACAAGACUGUUUGAUGGGAAGGAGCAAAUGAGGAAGAGAGAGAGAGAGAGAGAGAGAGAGAGAAGCUCCUCCGAUAGGCACCAUCUUUAUGGGCCUUUUGAGUGGAACUUUGGUGUAUGUGAGAACAUUGAUGUGAUUUGUAAUUUUUAAGCAAAAUUUUAUAUAUAUUUAUUGAGGCUAUAUUCAGCACAGAAAGUUAAGGGAACAGACAGUAAACAAGGGGGGGAAAGUAGAACGCAGCCUGAAUGAAAAAUACAAGAGGAUCAAUUUCUCAUUAAUCCUCACCCCCCUCCAUACACACACAUGCAUACAUCCACAUCUUUUUUUUUUUUUUUUUAUGAAACUUCAUCUUUCAUGAUGUAUUACUCCUCUAUGGAUUUUCUCCUUUUUGACUGUAUUUCUCGAAGCAAGUGAGAAUCAAAGAAAAGUGAGGCAAGGAGGAUUAUUCUUCAUUUCUUUUCACAACAUGAUUCCAUAUCAGUAACAAAGGGAGAUAACAGAGCCCAAAGUAUUGUAUUUAGAUAAACCAGGAAAUCAUUUUUAUUUUAACUUGAUAUAAGACUGUGUAUAUAUAUAAAUAUAUAAUAAUAAGUGUUAAUUACUAGUGAUGUAAAUGCCACUGAUCUAAGUAAUGCUCCUAAGAUAAUGUAGUCUCCCGGUGCUGCACGGACCUAUGGUUGCCACGAGCUCCCAGCUGGAGUGCAGCUAACCCAAGAUAUCAAAAUAGAGGAUAACAGUGCAUAGCUUUGACUGCGAUAGAGAAUCUUUUUACGCUUUAGAAAGCCCCCCUCUCCUCAAAUACGUAACGCAAGUCUCAGGGUCUAGGAGAGAAGAUGGAAUAUGACAGGCACAUAUGGCUGCCAUUCCGCAGAAGGUGGACUUCACCUCUAAGCUACAUGGUGUCAGGUCUCCAUGUCUUUGCAUGUAUCUUGAGUGUCUGUAUGCACAAGAGCUUGCU